ACCCUCCAAAAAAGAAGAACAUUCUUUAAAUUGAGCGUGUAAAUUGGGGAUUCUGGAGGAAAUUUUGGAAUUCUGAGAAAAGAAGAACCGAGGAAACGGAGUACGUACACCUGCGCCGGCGGACUGAUGGAGAUGAAGGAACCGAGAAGAUCGUUCAGUUGCGGUCUGCAGUGGAUGGAUUGGUUCAGCCACCGGUGCAUUAAAAAAAAGGCGAUCUGAGGCCGGGCGAUGCUGAGGUGCGGCUAAGCCCGGCGGCGGCGUCGGCUGUGGACGACUCCAGAGACCCGGAACAGAGCGGCGCGAGCGGAGGGCACCGACAGGGGUCCACCGGAUGUCAACUGCGCAAAGAGGGGCCGGCAGCAGCACGUCGCUCUCCAUGUGCCGGAGGAGACUACGAGACCCCCGGGAUCGCCUCUCAUACCCGUGGUAGGAAUGAGCGUCGGCAAGGUGAACCGCUACAGCAUCGUGUCCUCGGAGGAAGACGGCCUGAGGCUCACCACCAUGCCCGGAGUGAACGGCUUCGGCAACGGGAAAAUCCACACGCGGCGCAAGUGCAGGAAUCGCUUCGUGAAGAAAAAUGGCCAGUGUAACGUGGAGUUUACCAAUAUGGACGACAAGUCUCAGCGCUACAUGGCGGACAUCUUCACGACCUGCGUGGACAUUCGCUGGCGCUACAUGCUCCUGAUCUUCUCGCUCGCCUUCCUCGUGUCGUGGCUGGCCUUUGGACUCGCCUUCUGGCUCAUCGCUCUGGUCCACGGCGACCUGGACAACCCGACGGGCGACGACAACUUCAAACCCUGCGUCCUGCAAGUCAACGGCUUCGUCGCCGCGUUUCUUUUCUCCAUCGAGACGCAGACCACCAUCGGCUACGGGUUCCGCUGCGUCACGGAGGAGUGCCCCAUCGCCGUUUUCAUGGUGGUCUUCCAGUCCAUCGUCGGCUGUGUCAUCGACUCUUUCAUGAUCGGCGCCAUCAUGGCAAAGAUGGCGCGGCCCAAAAAAAGAGCCCAGACGCUGCUGUUCAGCCACAACGCCGUGAUCGCCAUGCGGGACGGCAAACUCUGCCUCAUGUGGAGGGUGGGCAACCUGCGGAGGAGCCACAUCGUGGAGGCUCACGUCAGGGCGCAGCUGAUAAAGCCGCGGAUCACCGAGGAGGGCGAGUACAUACCCCUCGACCAAAUCGACAUCAACGUGGGCUUCGACAAGGGCCUCGAUCGCAUCUUCCUGGUCUCGCCCAUCACCAUCCUGCACGAAAUCGACGAAGAGAGCCCGCUGUACGGGAUCAGCAAGCAGGACCUGGAGGCGGCCGACUUCGAGAUCGUGGUCAUCCUGGAGGGGAUGGUGGAGGCGACGGCCAUGACCACCCAGGCCCGCAGCUCCUACUUGUCCACCGAGAUCCUGUGGGGCCACCGCUUCGAGCCGGUGCUCUUCGAGGAGAAGAACCAGUUCAAGGUGGACUACUCGCACUUCCACAAAACCUACGAGGUGCCGUCGACGCCGCGCUGCAGUGCCAAGGACAUGGUGGAGAACAAGUUCUUGGUGCCCAGCGCCAACUCCUUCUGUUACGAGAACGAGCUGGCGUUCAUGAGCAGGGACGAGGAGGACGAGGAAGACGAGGAAGACGAGGACAGCAGGGUCCUGGGGGACCUCAGCCCGGACAGCCGGCACGAGUUCGAUCGGCUGCAGGCGACCAUAGCGCUGGACCAGAGGUCCUACAGGAGGGAGUCGGAGAUUUGAGGGCCGAGGGUGGCUUUCGACGAGAACAUCGGUGCAAGUGCCAUAGGGGGAAAAAAAAACAUGACGGGGCAAGGAGACACGGGUGCCACCUGCGGGCAGAAGGAGACUCGAGUCGGCAUCCUCGCCUUCCUUUGAGAAAACUUGAAUUUCUUUUUGUAAGGAGCUUUAAGUGCAGCAAUGCAGGGAGACGAGACACGAGGAGGGCGCCCGCCUAAAUACCCGCCCGCCUGCCCGCUUCGCUUCGGCCUGUACAGACAGCCAGCCUGCCGCGGCCCCUCCUCUUCCUCCUUCUCCUCCUCCUCCUCCACCUCCUUUGGUGACUUUUUAGUCGUUUCUGGUAUCGCCGUCUCGGCUCCCAGGGUGCACCGCAAUCCAAGCAGGGCGGAGCCAGUGAGGUUCUGAGAGGCGGUACGGGAUCUGCAGUGGACGGCAUCACCAUGACGAUGCAAGAAAACAAAGAAACGAUACGCUGAAUGGCACAAAGGGACAUCGGGGGAUUUCGUGUUAAGGGUAGCUGUUAUUAGAGAGUUAUUUAUUUAGGAAUACACUUCUCUCUCUCUCUCUCUCUAUAUAUAUAUAUAUAUAAAUAUACGUAAAUAUGAAAAUAUAUAUUUAUAUAUGAAAUUUUAUUAGCUUUUCACAGACAUCCCAAUAACAGAAAGCAAUAUUGCCAUCAAAACGUUUUCACGUGUGAAUAUUUUCUUAAUCCGUGCAGCGCCCUCUAGUGUUACGAAGAAAGGCGAGAACUGAAGGCACCCCAAUGUAACGUCCAGACUGGCGCUCACAGCCCACCGGACCGGCGGUCUCGUCCUGAGGGUCCACCAAAUCGCCCCACAAAUUCUACAAGUCCAAUCACGUGCGGCGUCCACGAGACGUCAGGGUAGGAGUUCGGUUUUAAAGUGGCGUCCUGCCGGAGGGCAUGAAAUCAGUGGGCGCGGCUUUCUGGACGUCUUCCCUGUGGGGCACACAGCGGGAUAUCCUGCCGACUACACCAGCAGCUCCAAACGGCAGCCAUAUUGGUAAACUGCUUUUCAUGUGAAACUUCCAAAGUCCCCCUCAUCCCUUUGACCCUCGGCACUCUGGGACGAUGCCUGCUAUGGCACAGCCGGCCCCUUCUGGUCCCUGACGUGUUGAUUUGCUAUCGCCGACCACAUGACUCCUGAACAGCCGCCCGUCUUCAGUGGUCUCAGACUGUGAUUCUCUCGCGUCGUAACUCAUUAGCGUGAUAUGCUGACGAGUCACCGAAACGGUUUUAUUUUGUGUACCUUUGGGCUUUCCUCUCGUCCUCCAGAUCGCCCCACCAAUCACGCCACGCUCUGAGACAUCGGCCCACUUUCCCCCUAGUAGUCUACCCUGCGUUAGGGUCAGCAGUACUGGAGUUGACAGGCAGAAACCCAAAAAGGGCAUCACGAAGGCGGGCAAAGGGCGCAGAAUUAAUGACGGAAAAGCAAAGUCGACGAAACGGGAGCCACGAGCUCCUCGCCAAGUCUCACUGCUCCACCAGAAGGCUCGGACCCUGUGAGCCGCACACUCCCGUCUUACUCGACCUGACACUUCGCGUGACUGCCAGCUGGCAUUGCCACGUAAAUAGCGGGCAGAGGGAGCCACAAAGCAAUCCAGAGCAUACAAUGGCAUUUGUGAUGACGUCACCAAAGCAACCAAAAAGCAGUCCACCCUCCGUAGCACUGAUGUCCACUCACUGGACCUUCUAAUUGUGUGCUGCAGCGGGCAUGGAGUCCCAGACGGUGUAGUAGGCAGGACAGCCUGCUGACAUUCAGCCACCAAGCGGUUCACAUGUCGUCACAGACGGGUGAGGACAUCUGAAGAGGAAGGCAUCUCACAAGCCCCCUCCUCAUAUAUAGCGCCUUUCUCACACAACUUGAGGUUCCUAAGUUUAUUGAGGCCAGACAAGAAAAGUCUCCAUACCAUUUAUUUUAUCGAGCACGAUCCACGCCAUCCUACAGUGCCCCGCAGCGCACAUUUGCCCGGUCAGGUGGACGUGAUUGGCGUGCGUGUAACACUCUGCUCUGAAAUCCAAUGGGCGAUGUGCGCCGAGCCGAAAUCCAGACCAGUGAGGAUGUGGACUUUUAACGGCCACAUUAGCGUAUCAAUCAAUCAGCUUCCCCGUAUAAAGCGCCUUUCAUCCCCCUCAUCCCAAAGUGCGGGACAUUUGAAAUGCCCAACGUUUGUUCUGCGCUAAGGGGGUUCCUCUUGAUCAGCUGGCUAGCAAAAUCAUCACAAACGUAUUAAACAUCCCCCAGAAGUCAGCACUCAUGCCUGAGACUGUAGGUGGUCCAUGAAUCCUGGGGCACAGGUGGCAUUUCCCAGGGGAGGGACAGUGGAGGCACCACAACCCAUCCAGGAUGUCUAGCAUUCCUGAAUGAAGCUUCAGUGGGUCUUCAUCGUCACUCCACAGUGUGUCACCUUUGCUCAGUUUCACUUUUGCCCAGAUACCCAUUGGCACAGCUGGCACACACACCAUCAGAGGCCUACUGCUCUCGGCCAGUCAGACAGCUGGGUGAGCUGGAGGGACUUUGGCGUUGUCCAGGCCAAGGGGUCACCGACAUGGUAUCACUGCACCCCCUACCCGGUCAAUUGAAGCAAUAAAAGCCAGAGGUCCCUCGAGUGCCUUCACGUGGCUGGCACCUGGACCCGCAAUCAAGCCCUCUGUCAUGUAAAGGCACCAUAAACUUCAAACCAGGCUUGUGCCCCAGGAGUCCAAGACCUUCUGGGUCCCCAUGGAGUCUGCAUCCUGUGGCUCAGGCUCUUCAAAUUGUCACCUGCCAAACCCCAAUAAGGGUUCAAAGGGCCCGUGCUGUGUCAGUUAGCUGUACCCACAUGCGCACAGCGGGCAUCACUUGAUAACGUGCCUUUCAGCGUAAGUUCCACCAUGAAGCAAUAACCAGCACUGCAAAGAUGAACACAUUUGGAAGAAGCUUAGCGAGCCGAGACAGUCGUGCGCCAUAUAGCGCCUUGUAAGGAGAGCUGACUGGGACUGAAUACGAAUAUCAGGGAUACCAGCACCUUUCAACUCCAUGUAAAUGAAUACAAAUCCAGUAAAGCAGAGCGAUAUAGCGCCUUUCAGAGCUCCAGUCACAGUAAAGCACAAUGACAGUGCUUGCUAUAUAGCGCCUUUCAGAGCUCCAGUCACAGUAAAGCACAAUGACAGUGCUUGCUAUAUAGCGCCUUUCCCAGUAAAUGCACUGCCAGCUGAGAUGUCAUAUAGCGCCUUUCACGGUACUUAAGUCACAAAGCAGUUCUAGCUGUAUGUAGCACCCACCUUUCAGCCCCUCACACAGCUCUUCACGUUAAUUAAAAGUACAUGCAUCAGCCUUCAUGCUAUAUAGCGCCUUUCUCUUCGUUCAUAGCUUAACAGCCGACAGCACCGUACAAAGAGAAAAGGGAGAGCAAUCCAAACCGUAUAUAGCGCCUUUCAAAUGGGCGCCCAUUGCACAUUCAUGAGAUCAACUUUUCCGUUAUAUAGCGCCUUUCAUGUUAACUCACCG